AAAGUAAAAUUAUAAUAAAAAAUGUUACUACUUUUGAUAGGUGUCAUAGUAAUCGCUCUGUACUUUUACGGUACGAGGAAUUUUAAAUAUUGGGAGAAGAGAGGCGUUAAGUUUGAAAAGCCGUUGAUUUUCGUUGGCAGCAACUUGAAAAUGUUUAUAGACAAUGUCAGCGUGUCUGAACGAUUCGCUGCCCUGUACCGAUCAUACCCUAACGAAAGAUUUGUUGGAUUCUUUGAGGGCAACGGGCCCGGGCUACUUAUACGUGAUCCCGAACUCAUAAAACGUAUCCUCCUCACGGAUUUCCGCUAUUUCCAUCAAAGAGGGCUUAAUCCUCAUAAGACGGUGAUAGAACCUCUACUGAGAAAUCUGUUCACUGCUGAUGGCGAUUUGUGGAAACUUAUGAGACAGAAGUUGACACCGACCUUUUCAAGCGGUAAGUUAAAGGCCAUGUUCCCGUUAAUCGUUGAAAGAACCGAAAAACUGGCGAAAAUCGCGGAUGACUUAGCUGAGACCGGUGAAGAGGUAGAUAUAAGAGAACUCAUGGCGAGAUACACGACCGACUUCAUUGGGGCUUGCGGCUUUGGAAUCGACUCAACUGCCUUAAACGACGAGAACUCAGAUUUUCGAAAAUUAGGCAAGAGUAUCUUCAGAAUAACAAAGCGAGACCAUUUUGUGUCUUUCUUAAAGAGAAUGGCACCAGAAACGUUCAAAAAUCUCACUUUCUUGGCACCGGAUAUUCAGAAUAAAACCAUUUCACUCGUUAGGCAGAUCAUGGGGCAGAGGAAUUAUAAGCCAUCGGGCCGAAAUGACUUUAUUGACAUGAUGCUGGAACUGAAACAAAAGGGAAAAAUAACUGGUGAAUCUGUGGAAAAGCGUAACCCUGACGGUACCCCGAAAAUAGUUGAAUUAGAACUCGAUGAUCAAUUGCUGUCUGCCCAAGUGUUCAUUUUCUUCGCUGCUGGCUUUGAAACGUCUUCUUCAGCUAGUAGUUUCCUUCUACACAUGCUUGCUUACCACCCAGAGGCUCAAGAGCGCUGUCAGAAAGAGGUAGACGAGGUGCUACAGAGGUACGACGGUAAGCUUUGCUUUGAAGCUGUAAAGGAAAUGAAAUAUAUGGAAAUGGCUUUCAAGGAAAGUAUCCGCAUUCUCCCGUCACCAGGAUUUCUAUUGCGGAGAGCUGCAUCGAAAUACACCAUACCAGACACAGAUAUUACCAUAGACGAAGACACGCUCGUGAUAAUCUCAACUGAAGCCAUGGCCUCUGACGAAGAUUACUUCGAGGACCCAGAAGAGUUUAUUCCUGAAAGAUUUCAUCCGGACAACAUUGACAAAAUAAAGAAAUGCACUUUUAUGCCCUUCGGAGAUGGACCCAGGUCGUGCAUAGGCGAACGAAUGGGUAUAAUGCAGUCAAUGGCAGGAGUGGCGACCAUUUUGAGAAAGUUUUCCGUAUUGCCAUCUCGUAACACUAUUCGCAAACCUCUCAUCGACCCUUACUCUCUCAUCGUUCAGACAAUUAUUGGAGGUUUACCCUUAGCCCUUAAACGAAGAACAAAUAUUGCCAACUAGUAUGUUAAUCUAAUUUUAAAUUACC